AUGCCUGACUAUUUUUGCCUUUAUUUCCCUCCAGUGUCCCCAGUAGUGAAUGUGACCUGUGCUGAGGCCCUGGAGGACACCAUCAAUGUGACAUGUUGGGCUUUUGGCUUCUAUCCCCAGAAUAUCUCUCUGACCUGGCUUCAGGAUGGGGAACCCCUGAGCCAGGRYRCCCAGCAGUCUGGUGGUAUCUUUUYCUAUGAGAAUGGGACCUACCAGACCUGGGUGUCUACCAGGAUUCCCCAAGGACUGGAGCAGGGGUUCAGCUGCCAUGUGGGACACAGYGGGAACAACAGCACUGGCCUUGUGUCCUGUGGGACUGCACUGCUGUUUAAGAGCCAAUGGGCUGCCAUCCUGGGUGUGGCUGCUGCUGCUGUUGCUGUGAUUAUGAUUAUUGUUUGUGUCUGCUCCUGCAAGAAAAGGAAGACAAAAUGUACCUCAGAAGGUUCAGAUCCCUCUAAAGGAGUGUCCCCUGUGGGAGAUCUGGAUUGUGACCAUGACAAUGCAAAGGAACAGAAGAUGGGCCUACAGUUCACACUGCAGAAUCUCAGGAAAACCCUAGUUUUCUUUGGGAAGAAGACCUCUGAGGACUGUGAGGAUUGUGGCCUGCAGAAGUCCCUGCUAGGAAUGGAGGAAGGGAGUCCAGGGAAGCCUCAGGAAAAAGAAGCCCAUGGGGAAGAGCUGGGUUCCCAGCAGCAGGUAAUCCACGCAGAGCCCCUGAGCCUAUAUAACCUGGAUCAGCAGCAGAGGGCACCAAGUGACUACACUGGAUUCACACAGCUGGGGUGUCAACCUUUGCUGAGAGCUCCUGGAGCUACGGGGGGGAGCUUACACUGGGCAGCCCUGCUGUGACAAGCACUUUAUGUCUUGGUGCUUUUGUUUCCUCAUCUCUACAAUGUGGAAACAUAUAUUUGCUAACUAGUGCAGCUGUUCUGUACUAGUAUUCUUAUUAUUUUACUGUA